GUGAGGUCGACUAACAAUGAAACGAGACCAAUCUCUGGAGGAACUGUUGAGUUCAAGUUGGAUCUAAACGAGGUCUCUCUAUCUGUUGAUGCUUUGUUGUGGAGAUGGUGGGAUUUCAUAGAAAGACCACUAUGAAUAACAGCCCAAUCUGCUGAUCACAACACAAACCGCUCUGUCUAUUUGCUAGAGGGUCAUAUGUAAUCGAUGGCUUCAAAUCUUAGUUUUAGUUUUGCUGUUUUUCUCUUUCUAGUUGUAACCUUCCAAUCGUCUCACCAACAACAGAAUGUGAGUUUUGCUGGUGUUCCUGGUUCUCCGGGGCGAAAUGGUUUUCCUGGAAGAGACGGAAGGGAUGGAAGAGAUGGACAGAAAGGAGACGACGGCAUGAGAGGAAGCAAAGGAGAGAGAGGAAUAGCAGGAAUUAUGGGGAGAGACGGAGAUGAAGGAAUGAAAGGAGACAAAGGAGAGAACGGAAUUGUAGGUCCUCGAGGAAUGAAAGGAGUCAGUGGAAAGAUAGGUGUACGAGGACCACCUGGUUUAGAAGGUGAAAGAGGAGAGAAGGGAGAGGGAGGAGAGUCUUUACGAGUUGCAGACAUAGAAGAAACUAUAACGACGUUGAUUGACCACAAGCUUGCAGCAUUGAAUUCAACUCUCUGGAGCAAGAUGGAACAGCUCAGUGAGGAAAUCCCUCCUCAAGAUCAAUCUGGAAUUGGGUCUGGAACGGAACUGACAGAAGACUUUGAAAAACCUGCUGCACAUCUAGCAGGAAAUGGAGUUGGAGGCUAUUAUCGUUAUGGUAUCAUCAUUCAAUGGUAUACCGCUAGCGGUUCUGUAUGGUCACCCUUUCUUCAAGGUGGAAUGAAGUACAGCAACGGAUACAUCACUGUGCCUCAGCGCGGUCUUUAUUAUGUUUAUGCACAGCUGCACUAUGAUCACAGGAAUUCGAGCUCCUUCAGUGCUGGAUUCUCCAUUCGGUUUAACGGGAAGAGCCGAACUGGAGCUUAUCGUUAUACUCAAGACAAAGGUGAUUACCACACUCACUACACGGGCCGCAUCAUUUCUCUGAACAAAGGAGACCGCUUGUCGUUGUAUUUUUCAGUCUAUUGCUACUGCAUAUUUAAUUCAUCAACAUCAUUCUUUGGCGCGUUUAAACUUUGACUUUGAUGUACUCGUAUAUGUAGCAAGUGCACUGAAUGUGACAGUAGUGUCUGUUAGACGGCGAUUGGUUGAAAAAUAAACAAGACGAGAGCUGCUAUAGAUGCAGGGCUGAAU